AUGGGUCGAGGUUCCGAUUCCUUGCUGAUUAACCAUUUCCAUUCUGUUUUGUAUUGUGUACAGGUGACACCUUCCGAUAACUUAGAAGGCCCUACAGUAGAGAUUAAGCACCACUCUUAUGAUAAUAAAAGAGAAUUCUACAUCGCUCACUUAAACAAGAAACUUGCAAAAGGCAAGAAGUAUGUCCUCUCUAUGGAGUUUAAUGGCACCCUCAAUGACCAACUUAAGGGCUUCUACAGAUCUUCGUAUAAGGACACAGAUGGUUAUGAGAAGAAAAUUGCGACAACUCAGUUUCAGCCAACGGAUGCUAGAAGGGCGUUCCCAUGUUUCGACGAACCCGGACUGAAAGCAACGUUUGAAAUUUUCCUAGCCAGAGAAACUUCAAUGACAUCUAUUUCAAACAUGCCAAAGUUUGAAACUAUACCAGUCGAGGGCCAACCGGGAUGGUUAUGGGACCACUUCAACACCAGCGUGCCAAUGUCCACUUACCUGGUCGCUUUUGUUGUCUCAGAUUUUGAUCACAUGGAGUCAAAUGCCAAUGAACGUGUUCUUUUCCGAGUAAAGUCCCGUCCAGCUGCCAUCAAACAGGCAACCUAUGCCCUCAAGACAGGACCAACGGUUCUCACCUUCUUCGAGAAGUACUUCAACAUUCCAUUCCCUCUUCCUAAGCAAGAUAUGAUUGCCAUCCCUGAUUUCUCAGCUGGUGCCAUGGAGAACUGGGGACUCAUUACAUACAGGGAGACUGCCAUGCUCUACGAUCCAGCAGUGUCUGCUGCGUACAACAAGCAGCGUGUGGCAGUGGUGGUUGCACAUGAGUUGGCGCACCAGUGGUUCGGCAACUUAGUCACCCCCGACUGGUGGACUGAUCUCUGGCUGAAUGAGGGAUUCGCCAGUUUCAUGGAAUAUAUUGGUGUCGAUCACGCUGAGCCCAGCUGGAAUAUGAUGGAACAAUUUGUACCUGAUGACCUCCAGAGUGUGUUUGCCUUGGACUGGCUUGAAUCAUCACACCCAGUUAGCAUCCCUGUUGGACAUCCUGAUGAGAUCAAUGAAAUAUUUGAUCGCAUAUCUUAUUCUAAAGGUGCAUCAAUUAUUAGGAUGAUGAAUCAUUUCUUGACGGAAUCAACGUUCAGAAGAGGUCUCACCAACUACCUCAGCAGCCUGAAGUUUGCAAAUGCUGAGCAAGAUGACCUUUGGCGAUUCCUUACUGACGCUGCUCAUGAAGAUGGCACGCUGCCACUAGACACAACUGUAAAGAAGGUCAUGGACACUUGGACACUCCAAAUGGGCUACCCUGUCAUCAAUGUCAUGAGGAGUGCAGCCGGUACCUCUGCAUCUGUCAGCCAGGAACGAUUCUUACUUGUUAAGAAUGAAAACUCAACCGAUACUCAUAAGUACAAGUGGUGGGUUCCGCUAACAUACACUACUCAGGAUAACUCUGAUUUUGAUAGUACCCAAGCCAUGGUAUGGAUGAAGGACACUGAUGCUAAAACUAUUAUCUCAUCAUUGCCAAAGAAAGACAAGUGGGUCAUCUUCAAUAUUCAGGAGACGGGUUAUUAUAGAGUUAACUACGAUGAAGACAACUGGAACUUGCUGAUACAACAGCUGAAAACCAACCAUAAGGCCAUCCAUGUGAUAAAUCGUGCACAAAUCAUCGACGAUGCCAUGGACUUGGCACGGGCAGGUCAAUUGUCGUAUAACAUUGCACUGAGCGUGUAUGCCUACUUAGGAAAAGAGGAGGCGUAUGUCCCAUGGAAAUCGGCUUUAGCCAACCUCGAAUAUGUAAAACAUAUGUUUUCUUCUUCUGGAACCUAUGGAGCUCUGAAGAGUUAUAUGAUUGAACUUCUGGUUCCACUGUAUCGGUCUGUGGGCUUUGAAGAUAAUGUAAAUGACCCACAUCUGGACCAGUUCAAGCGUGUCAGAGCCGUCUCUUGGGCCUGUAAAUUAAACUAUAAGGACUGUGUUGAUAACGCGGUCUCUCUUUUCCGACAAUGGAUGCAGAACCCAGUUAAUCAAAGCAACAUAUCACCCAACCUGAAGAACACUGUGUAUUGUACUGCUAUUGCAACUGGUGGCGUGGAAGAGUGGAACUUUGGAUGGAACCAAUACCUCAAGUCCAACGUUGGCACAGAAAAAGCAACCUUGCUCGCUGCACUUGGAUGUAGCAAGAAAAUCUGGAUAUUAUCUCGGUAUAUGGACAUGGCCUUCACUGCUGGAAGCGGCAUACGGAAACAGGACGCAGGAACGGCAUUCAGAUCUGUGGCCAGAAAUAAUGUCGGGCGUUAUCUGGCCUGGAACUACCUUAGGGAUAAAUGGCAGAAAAUUAUAGACUACUAUGGAUCUGGCUUGUUUACUAUACCCCGCAUCAUUGAAACAGCAACCAGUGGCCUGAACACAAAACUAGAACUGAAGGAGUUGGAGUUGUUCAAAAAAGAGCACGCUGGAGGACUGGGAACAGCCAAACGAGCAGUUGAACAAGCUAUUGAACGAACUACCAACAAUAUUGCCUGGGUGGAAAACAACUACAGUGUUAUUAUACAGUGGCUCGAAGACCACGGCUAUUCCGCACUGGUUAAUGAAAUUUAAAUUUUCCAUAUGUUUAAUUCAUUUACAGUAUACGGAGAAGCAGGAACUGGAUACGUAAUAAGAUAUUGGAAUUGUUGUUUCUGUGUCAAUGAUGUGGUAUUGAAGAUGAGUUUUAUCUUCAUGUAUUGCCCUAUUUUAUCCAUUUUUAAGAGUUAGCAACUUGGACUGGCGUUAGAUAUAGCCACAUCUCCCUUACAAUAUUGUAUACUGUGUUAUAUCAUAACUCUCUUA